AUGCAUUUGCUCUGCAUGGUUGUCUUUGGACUGAUUGUCAGCACUCCUUCUGCCGCAUCCCCGUUAGGAGGUUUUGUUUCUGGGCUGCAGUCUGUCCUCGGUGGAUCAAGUAGGAACAAGCUGCUACUCAUCUCUUUCGAUGGUUUCCGCUGGGAUUAUGACCGAGAUGUGGACACCCCUAAUCUGGAUAAAAUGGCCAAAGAUGGCGUGAAAGCAGAGUAUGUCACACCACCCUUCCUCACCAUCACCAGCCCCACACACUUCACCCUGCUUACAGGGCGUUAUAUCGAGAAUCAUGGCGUAAUCCACAACAUGUGGUUCAACACAACGACUCAGGAGAAGAAGCAGUACUACAUGACACAGUUCGUUGAUUCCUACUGGGACAAUGGCAGCCUUCCCAUCUGGAUAACAGCACAGAGACAGGGACUAAAAGCAGGUUCGCUACAUUUUCCUGGCACCGCUGCCACCUACAAAGGAGAAACUGUGAAGGUGAAACAGGUGGAACCUCGUUUCUAUGACUAUUCAAACGAGACAGAGUGGAGGCAUGACAUCGACAAGGUGAUUGGAGAGUGGUUCCACCAACAGGACUUGGACUUUGUAUCCUUGUACUUUGGGGAACCAGACAAGGUCGGACAUAAAUAUGGUCCAGAUUCUCCAGAGCGCCGAGAGAUGGUCCAGCAAGUGGAUCGAACUGUAGGCUACAUCCGGGACGAGAUCCAUUACCACGGUUUGACGGACCGACUCAACAUCAUCAUCACUGCUGACCACGGGAUGACGACAGUCUUUAGGGGUGAACAAGUUCAGGAGAUCAUCCUGUCACAGAUCCCAGGCUUCAGUUUCAGGGAUGUCAAAUUCCAUCUUGUGGAUUAUGGCCCUGCUGGAAUGCUGCUUCCUAAAGAAGGGAAGCUGGAGAAGGUCUACCAAGCUCUGAAGGGCGGCCACCCUCGUCUUCAUGUGUAUAAGAAGGAGGAAAUGCCCGAAAGGCUGCACUACAGUAACCACGCUCGACUUCUUCCCAUCAUCCUCUUUGCUGACCCCGGAUAUGUAAUCAAUGGGCUGUUUCCUGUACAGUGGCACAAAGGAGAACAUGGCUUUGACAAUCAAGUGUUGGACAUGAAGCCUUUCCUUAGGGCAGUUGGGCCUGACUUCAAGCAAAACCUGGUGGUUGGACCCUUUGAAACAGUCAAUGUGUACCCACUGAUGUGUCAUCUGCUGGAGAUAGCUCCAGAGGUCAAUGAUGGACACCUCGACAAUACCAAGCAUAUGCUGAAAAACACAGGAGGAGACAAAAACAGUCAAAAACAGACCACUUGGUCGCAAAUUGUUAUUGGCUUAUCAGCAGUAGCUGGGUUUCUGGCAUUGGUGUUCGUCGCCGUUACUUCCCACACCUUGUAUAAAAGGAACUCAGCAAAAAAAGAGACGUACACUGCUGAUGAAGAUGAACACAACACGCAAACCAGUUUUUGA